AUGAAGUUCCACCCUUGCCUUGCCUUUCCAGGCAUGGUUUCUCUUCCAUGGAGACUAGGAGAGAGAUACUUGGGCCAGGCCCCACAUUCACUGUGGACAGCUGUCCCCACCCUGCAUCUUCCAGCAAUAUUCCUGGCCUGGGCUCCCCCACUUACCUGGAGCUGGUCCCUGCAGGUGUGGAGACCUCAGCUUCCGUCAGCUGAUCUGGGCCCCCUUGCUGGCCCCGGAUGCCCAGACGGCUGGAUCGGAUACCGAGGGAAAUGCUACUAUUUCUCUGAAGCCGAAAGGAACUGGACCUACAGCCUGACCAACUGCUCUGUGCUCAGCGCCUCCCUGGCUGAGAUCAACAGUGAGCAGGAAAUGGCUUUCCUGCUGCGCUAUAAAGGCAGAUUUGACCACUGGAUUGGCCUCCGGAGGGACCCUGGGCAGCUCUGGAAAUGGGCCAAUGGCACCAAAUUCAACAACCUGUUUCCGAUAGGAGGAGCAGGAGACUGCGUGUAUCUGAAUGAUCUGAGUGCGGUCAGCAGCUUGCGAUGCACCAGUGAGAGACCCUGGAUCUGCACCAAACCCGAUGCAUUUACACAGGCACAGGAGGCUGCUGUGGAAGGGGGCUGGUAACAAAAGUAUUAUAGAAUCUAGCCCUGGAAAAGCCUGACUGUGAUUUCUUGUGACCAUCACAUCUGAGCAAUUCCGGAAUAUCGGGGAAUGCUCUGCGCAUCACUGGGCAGAGCACUGUGGACUCAGGUGAAAACCAGAUAUGCUAUUUGCACAUCUGCGCGUCCCCCCCACCCGCGCCGUCUCUUUUUCCGCCAGUGGAACGGCUCAAAUCCAGCCUUUCCAACCUACCUCAGCUGGACCAGGAACUCUGCCUAACUGAGCCAAGACACCAGCCUCAGCUUUCGCUGCCCUGACAUUCCCGCACGGAAGCUUUUCACUACAGAAAAUUAUCUAUGGAAUCUUUUAAAAAUAUUCAUCAUUCCCAUUCGGUGGUCUGGAAUAGAGCUGAGGGGGGAUGUUCUACAUUCCCGUGCGCCCCCCCCCCCCCAGGAACUUUUUAACAAAGUUUUUUUAUGGGUCAGUUUUUGGGGUCUUUUGGAAACCCAAUUGAUUUUGAAGUUUACAGGUUUACACCUACAGUUCCUUUUUUUUGUUGUUGUUGCCAGAUAUUGCUUUGGAUAAAAGCAUGAACGUUUUAAACUGGUUUUAAUUUUCCUUUUUUAGUUUUAAGAGCGCUGCACCUGCCAAGGGAGUAGAUCCCCUGUUACACUCCUCGUGGGACAGCUAGGGCCUGGAACGUAGGAGUAAGAGGAGAAAUGUCUGUUCUCUCCCUUCCUGGAGCCCAGUGGGUUUGAAAAGGGCAGGGAGGGGAUCGGUGUGACACAGACAGACCAGGUGCCAGGUCAUGCCAAAGUCCCCAUGUCUCAAGGGGACCCUGAGAAAUACACAGCUGGGAUCAGGCUGGCUCACCUGUGUGUUAAGAUAGGUAUUAGCGUUAUAAGACUGUGUUCAGCCUUUAUUGAAUGCUUGUGAGCUGCUGCAGCAUUAAUUUCAUUUCUUCUUACCUCUGUAUCCCACAUUGUAAGGUAAUAUUGGAGCAUUUGUUUUGGCAGCCUCUGUGACUAUGUAAAUCACCAGACAGGAGAGUGAAUUAAGGCAUUAAGGAGUGUGAAGUGCUGAUCUCCAGCAGCUCAGAGCACAGGGGAGGAGGUGGGAUACAAGAAGGAACUGACUCUAGCUUGUUGAUGCUGGGGGCAGGGUUUCUAGGCAUAAGCAAGAGUUCCCCAGCUGCUUAGCCUGGGUUAGCCCUAAAGGACACAGAGUUUACAAUGGACCAGUGAUACACAGACUGCAGCUCAUGAGCUGCAAGUGACUCUUUGAUGUGUCUCCUGCCGCUCUUUGUAGCACAUGAUAUUAAAACACUGUGAUUUCAUUGUUAACCAGUCAGGAUGCUUUUACUAUGUUAUUAGCCACUAAGUUAUCUGCUGCGAGCAUUUAUAUAAAACCCUAAAUAUUUCCCCUGCCCUUCUGUUUAAAUAUGAGUAGCGCUAUCGUAAAUGAAACAAGGAAUUCACGCUACUGUGGCUCUUUUGGUUAAGGUUGAUCACUAAUUUCGCUCCUGAACGACUGAGCUCGGAGCAUCACUGCUAUAGAUGCUUCUGUUACCUUUUGAAACUUUGUAGCUUAGUUGUGUAUGUAUGUUCACCUGCUUUAGCCUUGUAAAUAAAUCUUAUUUCCUUUUUAAUAAAGUGUCAUA